AUGGGACAAUCAACGUCGUCUCGAGAUUUCGCAACACUACAACACCAUUUACUUUAUGAUAACCAUGCAAACCGAAAGGCAAUGCUUGAUUUUAUUGCUGAUGAUCCCAUUUACAUUCCGCGUUACAACAUGCCACUUGAGUUUGAACGAGAGAUUACAUUGCAACGCUUAAAAAAACUUGCCGAUAAAGGUUUCAUCUCGGUAUUUGAUUUUGAAAAAAAUCCGCUUAAUAUUUUUGCUGCACACGAGGUAGCUGGUAUGGUUGAUGGUUCCAUGGGUACAAAGAUGACAGUUCAAUGGAACCUUUUUGGUGGAACUGUUAUUAAACUUGGAACUGAACGUCAUAGGCAUAUACUUUCUGGCGCGGACAAUCUUCACAACGUUGGAUGCUUCGCUUUAACUGAGCUAGGCUAUGGUAACAAUGCGGUGGAAAUGGAAACUACCGCUAUAUAUGAUGAUGACAACAGAGAAUUUAUCAUCAAUACGCCGACAACGUUGGCUCAAAAGUAUUGGAUCACAAAUUCUGCUAUUCAUGCAAAAUGGGCUGUCGUUUUUGCUCAAACUAUAAUUCGUGGACAGAAUGAGGGAAUACACGCUUUUCUUGUCAGAAUUCGCGAGGAAAAUAUGAAACCUUCAGAAGGCGUCAUCAUUGAAGAUAUGGGAGUAAAAUUUGAAUGUAACGGUGUAGACAAUGGUAAAUUGUGGUUCAAAAAUGUACGAAUCCCGGUACAAAAUCUUUUAAACAAAUAUUCUGACAUUGAUGAAAAUAAUAAAUAUUCAAGUGUCGUCAAUAACCGUCGCGGACGAUUUUUGAAAGUUGCGGAUCAGCUUCUUUCCGGUAGAUUGGCUAUUGCGGCUCUGAAUUUGGGAGGAACUAAAUCUUGCUUAUCUAUUGCAUUCCGAUAUGCAAGUUCUCGUUUAGCUGUUGGACCAAAUGGAAAGAGUGAUACACCAAUCCUUGCUUAUCAACUUCAACAACGCGCAUUGCUACCAUUAUUAGCAACCACUAUCGCAUUAAAUAUUGGCUUGAAUUAUUGUAAAGUCAGGUGGACAGAACAGACGGAUAAAGAUGCAUCUGAAAUUGUAAGGUUAUGCUGUGUUAUAAAGCCUUUGAUAACUUGGAACUUUGAACGCGUUGCUUCCGUGUGUCGGGAACGUUGUGGUGGACAAGGAUAUUUGAGCAUCAAUAGGUUUGGAAGCUUUAUUGGAUUUUCCCACGCGGGUUGCUCGGCUGAGGGUGAUAACAGCGUUCUUAUGCAAAAAGUUUCCAAAGAAUUGCUCGCGGAUCUACAAUCUGGUUCUGCGAAGUUACCUGUUGUGCCAGGUGCAAGUAAUGCUCUGUCAUGGGAUAUUACUAAUUUAGAUAAUCAACUUGGUUUAUUUAGACUUAGAGAACAAUUUUUGGUUAAUGAGUUGAGAUCGAAUAUGAGCAAGAAAACUUCUUCAGGCGUUUCAAUCUUUGAAGCUUGGAUGAAGCAAGAAUCUGAUACCAUUCAAGCCUUGGCUAAAGCACAUGGGGAUAGGAUUGUUCUUGAACAAGUAAUUGCUUCUAUUCAAAAAUUAUCAGGCAAUGUAUCAAAAAUACUUACUACCGUUGCCCAUAUAUAUGCUCUUACUCAAAUUGAUGCAAAUCUUGCGUGGUAUAUGACAAAUAACCUAAUUUCAAUACCGACUGCUGCGACUGUACAACCAUUACUUCGAGAGAUAAUUAAGGAAGUAUCUCCCUAUAGCAUGCAACUUGUUGAUGCUUUGGGAGUUGACCCACGUGUACUUUACGCACCAAUUGCGAACGAUUGGGCAAAGUAUAACGAAACCGAUAAUCAAGGUGAAUUAGUAAAAGAUAUAUCGGUCGGAAUGAAGGCCAAGUUAUGA